AUGAGCAGACAGAAUCUGAGCAUCAAAGCGGAAAGGAAGCAACAGAAACAGCUCAAGAAACAAUUCAAGGCAAAGAAACAGCAACAGGAUAAAAUCAAGAAGCAUCCAAAGAAGCGAAUAAAGAAGUCAACGGGCAACAUUAGCAUUCACUAUCAGCUAUUUUUAUACCGCCAGGAGAUGCGACGGGCCAACACGGACUUCUCCUAUCUGCGUUUGUCCCGGGCCAAGAUCAUGUUGACGGCUGAGCUAAUAGAUAAGAAUAUGGGCAGAUGGAGUGAUCUGUGUACCGUGGAUGAUCUCAAGAUGCUCAGCCGCGAGGUGCAGUUCAAAAAGCGGCUGUGCACUCAGGUGGAGCGCCUGGAACAGUUCCAGGAGCUCGGCCUCACCGAUGUGGUGCUAAAUGGCAAGAAGAUGACGCUGUAG